ACGCUCGAUAACUAAUAUUGCUUCAGUUCUACAACUGUAAACAAAAACUGCGCAGGCAAGGAAUUUAGUGAAUAUGCAAAUAUGUUGGAGUUUAAUCGGAUAUUCUGUGAGCUUAAGUUGCACUUUGCACAACAUGUUGAGUGGACAAAUGUUCAGGACUGGCUAAGCUGCGACGACGACAAUCCCGAGGUGAUCCGAUGUGAUGCCAACAAAUUCUGGAUGCUGCCUAUGUGCGGACAGAAUGUGAGAAAUCAGGACAAUCAAUUGCAAGUGUUGCGUGAACUAGCAUCUUGCAUCCGAUCCUUGCGCAAUGAUGCUGAGAAUAAUACAAACAUAUACGACAUCAGUUUGGAUAAUUGGGCCAAAAUCGACGUGAUUACUCCCAAAGAUUAUUUGGCGUACAUUUACGCAGUGACGAGUCUGGCAACACUGCCACAGCAAAUAAUCGAAGCGGCGCCCGAAGCCAUCAAUGAAAACAUGAACGUGAAAUUGGCCAUUAAUGCAUUUAGCACUUAUCUGCUAACACUAACCAUUCCGGGCGCAAAGAGCUUUGGCGUCUUUGACGCAGAUGUUAUUGAGCAUGGCUUACGGGUCUUUCGACUGCUGGAGAUGAACGCCAAUUCGAGUAUACGCUCUAACAAUAUUUGGAUGUUGUUUCUGACCAUUUUCGAUGAUCUGAAACUGGUGUUAUGCUAUGUGCACUUUAAGGAUCAUCUAACGCCACGGGACAACAUAAUACGCAGCCUCCUGAAAAUACUCUACAUGAAUUUUAAACAAGGCUACACAAAUUCCUAUGCUCAACAAAUUCAUAACAAAUGCUUUGAAUUGUUCCAUGAGAUUGCCAACGAGCAAAAUGGCGAUGUACAUGAAACAUUGACUCUAUUUAUGAACCAAACCCUGUGCAUGCACAUCUGUCCGGAAAAUACAAAGGGAAUGGGGCCCAAAAGUGGGGAGCACAUUUCCGAUUGGUUCAUUAAGCUCUUGGAGAAGUAUCCAGAUAUAAUGGCGAGCGUGUUGGAGCGUUACAUCGAGUGCAUCAUUACGAAUCCCAUUAAGGAGUGGAAAACGGUGGAUGAGAAAAUUGCCAUUGGAUAUGCUGCCAAAUAUGAUGCAGCGCUCUUUGCUAAAUGCAAUAAGUCCUGCACGGAUUUUCUAGUUGAAUCAGUCAAAGCAGAUGAUGCUGUAGGCAUCCAGUUGAGGUCUCUAGAGCUUAUCGAUUGCAUUCUGCAAAAUGAGACACAGGUGAAUUGGAGAAUCUUUCAACACGAUGUGUCCACAAAGCAACGAGAAGUUGACCUCAUCCGAGAGACAAUCCUCUGCCUUGAUGAUCGGACUUUUACCGUACGCCGCAAGGCUAGCCAGGUGCUGAUUUCGGCCAUUAAACAAGGUUCACCAAUAACAAGCCGUAUACUCAACGAGAUCAUCAGUUUCGUCCAAUUCACUGACCAAGAUAUGGCGACAGAAACUGCUCCAAAUGGCCGACAACUGGAGCUGAAUGCAGAAAAACAGGGCAUCCUGAAAUACGCCUUUAGCUUCGAGGGUCACGAAGAACUCGAACCGUUGGUGCUCAAAAUGCCGCAAGUGAUUUAUGAUCGCUUCCUCAGCUCCAGCAAUGGCCUGGCACGCUGCUCGGGCAUCGCUCUGCUGGAGCGUCUGGUACUCAUCAACCAGCGCAUUAUCUACGACACAGACUUUGAGCGGGAGACUUCGCUACUUGCCGUCGACAUACUGUCCUCGGUGCGCAAGUCAGCACUUGAAUCGAUCGACACUCUCAUGCACAAAUAUUUCAAUUGCACCAUACUCAUAGAUGUCUACUGUCGCAUCUGGCCCUGUAUGCUAAACGAUGAGGAUACGGCUCUUCAGAGAAUUACACUGCAUAGUUUCAAUCGAAAUGUUUUAUUGGCCAUUAAACCGUUGGAGUUUACCAAUCAACCAAAAGAUUUGCUGCCCUGGCGUAUUUUGACCACGCUGUUGGGUUCGCAGCCGCGCGAUUAUUUGCAGCAAAGACUGAGCCUGCUGCUGCAGACCGAGAAUUUAGUAAAUUCACGUCUGGUGAAUACGAUAAUAUCGCAUUUGUGCACACCGAUGGCAACGGAGGCGUGGACAUUGCUUCUCCUGAUAUCAAGUCGCAUAACGAACAACUUGGAUGCCAUCAUUUCAACAUUCAAUGGGCUGUCGUCGUUUAACAUGAAGUCAAACCAAGUGCUAGCGCUUCAACUGAUUAGUUACUGUCUUUCAAACUUCUCCAAAGCAUCGCUCAAUCAGCUCUUUAAUCAUCUGAUCUCUGCGCUAAGCACGGGCAGCAUUUGGUUAGCACUCAUCUCACCAGCAUUGCUGCUUCUGGGUCAAAUUGACAAGUUGUCUCAGAGUCAAGCACCGCGAAACAGCAGUAAUGCGGACAGUUGGAAACGUCAACUCCUGCAGCAGGUCACCGAAGCCCUAUAUUCGUGCAUAGAUCAUUUCCAGGAGGAUCACAUACGACUGACAUCGCUGCUGACAACUUAUACAGAAUUGAUAGUCAUGCUGCCGAUCCAUGUAGAUCCCAGAAUAGUUGAAUAUUGUGUCGACUACAUACAGAAGUGUAAUGAAAUGGACGAGUCCAAUUUCGAUACGGAUAAUGAGCGCAUCGUGAACUGGAUGAUUGUAGCUGCGGGUCGUCUAUCACUGCGAGAUCAUAAGCUGGCCAAUCGAGUCGCCAAGUUGUAUGGCCAAAUAUUGAGGACAAACGAUAGACCGCAACUCAUAAAUAACACACUGAUCGGUCUCAAUGAUCUCGGCAAGAAAUAUCCCACCAUUUUGGAAAACAAUAUGAAAUGCAUUCUCAGCAAACUGUUCUCGAAAUAUCCCACAACUCGCGUUCGCGCCUAUCGCUGUGUCAAGGAUGUCAUCCUGGCUGGUAUCAUAAAGCUAAGGGGUCCGAUCUUAAUCGCACUCCUCUCGGGACUGCUGGACGACAGUGCGGAGGUGGCACAUGAGGCAGAUGAAUUCUUCAUACGCUAUAAGAAGUUGUAUGACAAGUCCUUAUUUCAUCACUGCCUCAAGGAAAAUCCAUUCCACUUUAAUGGUCAGGCGUUUCUCAAGGGUUCUGCGAGAUUCAAGUCGCCGCUGCAGGGUCCAGAGAAACGCAAAAAUAGACGUUUGCUAUAUAAUCAUAUUAUUGCCGCGCUGGAUGAUCACACGCUGCUUAUGUAUUUUGGUCAGCUCAAGUUGCUGGCUGAGAAAACAAAGGAUAAGGAAUUUAUUACAUCAAAUGGUGCUCUGGAUGUUGUUAUGGAUAUACUCUUCAUAAUGCGUCGCAUCUGCUUUUACACGAAGAACAAACGUCAGCAGAGCGGCGACCAAGCCGAUGAUGAAAAUGAGGAAGAGUCGAUCGUUGAGGAGCUGGCGCCAGCUGUGCCGGCCGUUCAGCAACCAGCUACUACAUCUACUGCCACAGGCAGGGGUCGCGGACGUGGCGCUCGUCGACGUGAAACGGCUGAGGAACCGCUGAAGCAACUGGAGCGCUGUUUGCGCUAUGUUGAAGAAACCCAUCGGAAUCUGCGUACUGUGAUGAGUUCGGAAAUGAGACAGGAGUUCAAUCAAUUUUGCCGUGCUAUGACUAUGCGCUUCCCCAACUACACGGACUUUGCGCAACCGGCGGAGUUCUGGCAAAAAUAUAAACAAUCCAAGACAAAAGGGAAACGACGACGACCCAACGGAGAGAACGAUACGGGUAUUGAAUCCAUGGAGAGCAAUACGGAUACUGAUAAUGAACUGCCGCUGGAGCGGCACAAAACAACAGCCACAACGUCGAGCAGCGGGCAGCGCAGAAGUAACUACGAUGUGUUGGCCACUGAGCUAAUAUUUCAACCGCAUGACUUCUAGCGGGUUAGGAUUAAUUAAAACCGUCUACAGUACACAAAAUAUUUUAACGCAAAAAGUAUUCUAUAAUAUAUUCUUGGACUUAGUCCAUAAUUCAAAUUGUAAAAUCUAAAUAAGCUUUUUUUUCUUAGAUUAAAAUUAUAUAUCAUACCGAAGCAGUGACCACUGCACUUAUAAGUUAAAGAGCAUUAUGUUCACAUUUACCUAUAUAUUUAAAUAUAUAUACUUUUCUGUAUUGA